AGAAAAUCCACAGGGUGUGUGUUCGGUGGGUCACUUUGUGACUGGUUCUGGCAAGCGAAUGGUGGCGUAUCGAAGAUAUGAUGGAACUAUGCAAGUCGUACCUGAGCCUCAAGAGGUUUACAGAGAAUGGUCAGAAAAAGAGAAAACAUCCAGUGAGCGGCAGUUCUGUGGGCGAAAAUGCCUUGUUGAUGCCAGAGGCCAGACUGGUUCGAGCUGAUAGAAAGGCAACAGUAACUAAAAAAAAAAAAAAAACACAUCAUACCUUGAAGCAGAUGGGUUUCAGCAGCAGCAGAAGACAUUUUAAAUAUAUAUAUAUAUAUAUAAUAUUUAUGACGUAAGAUUUUACAUUUCUAGAGUUAUGCACACGUGAAUAUUUAUAGUUUUUAACUUUUAUGUUGUGGUCAGAAUGUCCAAAUUGUAUGUUUCAGUGUACAGUAUAUCAAAAUGUACACUAUCGUUCAAAAGUGUGGGGUCAGUAUGAUUUUUUUUGUUUGUUUUUGAAAGAAGUCUCUUGUGCUCACUGAGGCUGCAUUUAUUUGAUCAAACAAAGUAGGGAAUUCAGGGACACGUUUUGCCAUUGAAAAGACUUGGAAAAAGUGUCCCAAUCAACCUGAUAAAUAUUAUUACAAUGUAAAAUAGCUGUUUUCUAUCUUAAUAUAUUUUAAAAUGUGAUUUAUUCCUCUGAUGGCAUAUAGCUGAAUUUUAAGCAGUCAUUACUCCAGUCUUCAGUGUCACAUGAUCCUUCAGAAAUCAGUGAUCAGUGAUCGGUGAUCAUAUAACAUUUCUUAUUUUUAUCAGGAUUUUUCAGGAUUCUUUUAUGAAUAAAAAGUUCUAUAGAACAUAAUUUAUUAGAAAUAGAAAAAAACUUUUACUGACUCCAAACUUGUAAACGGUAUAAUUAAUGAGAUCAGGCUGCACAUGGAACAUUUGAUAUGUUACAUACAUCUUAAUAUUUACAUAAGCAAGAGCCAUAAUGAAUAUCACCUCACCUGCAACACUUCAUGCAUCAAAAUAAAAGCUGUGUCUUCUCUAGGGAGCUUGCGCCUAUUGUUAAGGCCAUUUUGGAAGGUGAUGUAGGAACAGUGAGACUAUUGGUUAAGCAACCUGGUUGCAAUGUUCUUGCACCAAAUAAAGAUGGAUGGAUUCCUUUGCACGAGGCGGCAUAUUAUGGACAAGAUCAAUGCAUUAAAAUUCUCCUGAGAGCUCAACCCGGAAUGGUUAACCAGCGCACUUUGAAAGGGAAGACUGCUUUAAUGUUCGCUGUGUCCAGAGAUCACCUUGCAUGUGUGGAGAGUCUUCUGGAGAAUGGGGCUGAUCCUGAUAUUUCCAAUAUGGACAGGGAGACUCCCCUUUACAAAGCUUGUGAGAAGGAGAACCCAGCAAUGGUUGCCAUGUUACUGAAUUAUGGCGCCUCUGUGAAUAAGAACUGUAUUCAAGGCUGGACCGCUCUCCAUGAGAGUGUGUGCAGGAACAAUGUGGAAAUCUGUGAGAUGCUGGUGAAAGCUGGAGCCAAAGUCAACAUGCCCAACAUGUACGGAAUUACUCCUAUCUUUGUCGCCGCCCAAAGUGGAAAAGUGGAUGCACUUCGCAUGCUUUUAAAAAAUGGUGCAGACCUCAACAGCCAGGCCGCAGAUGGAGCCACAGCGCUGUAUGAAGCCUGUAAAAAUGGUCAUGAUGAAAUUGUAGAGUUCCUUCUAUCUCAAAAUGCAGACGCCAACAAGCCAGGCAAAACAGGACUGAUGCCAAUCCAUAUUGCUGCCCAGCGCGGCAAUGAUUGCAUUGUAUCCAUGCUGAUCCCAGCCACAAGUAAGGCCAGAGUGAGACGUUCAGGUGUCAGCCCUCUCCAUUUAGCAGCGGAGCGCAACAGAAAUGAUAUUCUCGAGUUACUGAUCGAGGCCGGCUUUGAUGUCAACGCCACACUGUCUGACGAUCGUUCUAUGAUGUAUGAAGAUCGACGCAGCACAGCUCUCUACUUCGCGGUCAUGAACAACAACAUCGACGCUACCACCAUGCUCCUGGAGGCUGGUGCUAACCCAAACCUGGACACGUUCAACCCGCUCCUGGUGGCCCUGAGGCAGGGUUGCAUACAGACAGUGACUAUGCUGGUGAAACAUGGUGCUAAUGUCAAUGCCUACAUCCCGACUCACCCAACUGCCUUUCCAGCUGCUGUUAUGUUCUGUAUGAAGCAUCUGACCUUACUGAAGUAUAUGAUGGAUAAUGGCUGCGAUGCCUUGUUAUGUUUCAAUUGUGUUUAUGGCAGAAAUCCUCAUCCUCCUAUAAAGAUUAGGCGUAAUCUAAGAUAUGAUUCGGAUGAAACUGUGGAAAAGACCUGUGUUCAGUUCUGCGAGUUGAUCUCCACCGAAACCUACUCCCACUGGGCAGGACCGAUUAUAGAUGUGCUACUUGACUAUGUUGGGCACGUGAAACUCUGUGCACGCCUCAUUGAACAUCUGGACAGUUAUGACGAGUGGCAAUGCAUCAAAGAGAAAUCAACGCCUCCACGCCCACUCAUGCAGCUCUGCAGACUGAAAAUCCGCAAACUGCUCGGGAUCAACAGACUGAAGAAAAUUUGCAAGCUUCCAGUUCCUCCCAGGUUGAUCAAAUUCCUAAAUCAUCAAGAACGAGAGAUAGACUUUUAAGCUUGCUUUUGAGUGUCUCUUAGUUAGUACAGAGAGAACAAUGACAUUAGAAAAUCAUAUACUUCUGUUUGAAGAACUUGCACUAAGCUAAAAUUCUAGAAUAAAUGGCGUUUACAUUUGGAGUCCAUUUUUUUCACAAAUAUAACUAACAAAUGUGCUGCUUAAUAGUGUAAAAAGGCCAUAAAUGUUUAUAUGUAAUUAUCAGAAUUUAGGGAACAUGUAUUAAAUAGAUUUAGUGGGAUCAUAGUAUUUUAUUUUGUCUGUAGCCUAUGCUUAAAAAAAAAGUUACAAGGGGUGUUAUUGGUGCCAAAAAUGACAGAAGGUGACAGAAAAUAAUUUUACUUAUUGCAGUGUAGUAGAAAUGUAUUGAACUUAUUAAGAAGUAUACUUGACGUUUAUGUGUAUAGUUUUGUAUUUUUACGUUUGACUGGUUUUCUUAGUCAGGUGUACAUUUUUUCUAGGAUUUUGAUGUUUUAUUUGCUUGCAAAGUGAACCAAUAUUUAGAAAUGCAUCACAUUCUUCGCACUUUAAAUUCUAUAUACAUUUUAAAUGGCAUAAAUUUCCCUGAUUCAGUUAGUACUUAAGUUACCUGUGACAAUGCAUACAUUUGAACAACUUCCAACCAUAUGACUCUUAUCUACCAAUAAAGUGUUGUUAACUAA